GAGGUGGAUGCUGACGAGGAUGGGGCUCAGUGCUUGCUCCAUGACACUGGCUUAUCAGCAACCUUUAAUCGUGUUUGCUCGACCCCUCUGGCCACGGGCGGCUGGGGCCUCACCUGCCCCCCCCAGGACAAGGUUCGUGGCCGGGGCGCGCUGUGCUGGCUCAGCACAUACCAGGCACGGGGCAGUCGGUGCCUCCACGGAGCCACAGCGCGUCCCAGCCCCACGGCCAGCACCGGUGAUGGAGGCCGGCGAUGGGAAGGAGGAGACCCCGCUGCCCUCGGCGCUGAGCCGGUUUCAGCUCUCGGAGGAUUACGGCUUCCUGCUUCCCAACCCUCUGACAGAGCUGCCGGCUCCCUACGGCCCGUGGAUGGAGAUCGCCCGCGAGCUGCCCCAGCUGAUUGCGAGCCAUCGGCUCCGCUCACGUGUUCACCAGAUGCCUCAGCUGAGCACACGGCACCUCCGAGGGCGCGAGGAGCUGUACUUGGCCCAUCUGGUGCUCAGCUUCAUCACCAUGGGCUACCUGUGGCAGGAGGGCGAGGAGGGCACCGUGAAGGUCCUGCCCCGCCACCUCGCCGUCCCCUUCUGGGAGGUCUCGCAGGCCCUCGGGCUCCCCCCCAUCCUCAGCCACGCAGACUUUGUCUUGGCCAACUGGAGGAGGAAGGACCCCAGCGGUCCUCUGGAAAUUGAGAACCUGGACACCAUCAUAUCGCUGCCCGGGGGAGAGAGCCUGAGGGGGUUCAUCCUCGUCACGUUCCUGGUGGAGAAGGCGGCCGUGCCUGGCAUUAAGGCGAUCCUUCAGGCCAUUCGUGCCAUCCGGCAGCUUGAGGAGGAGACCCUGCACCAAGCCCUGCAGGGGCUGGCGACGGCCAUCGGAGCCAUGGGCAAGGCUCUGCAGCGGAUGCAUGAUUAUGUGGAUCCAGCAGUGUUUUACGCCGUGAUCCGGAUCUUUCUCUCUGGCUGGAAGGACAACCCCGCGAUGCCGGACGGGCUGGUGUACGAAGGGGUCUCCGAGGAGCCCAUGGCGUACUCGGGAGGGAGCGCGGCACAGAGCACCGUCCUGCAUGCUUUUGAUGAGUUCUUGGGGAUUCACCACAGCCAGGAAAGCACCGCGUUCCUGCACAGGAUGAGGGACUACAUGCCCCCUCCCCACCGAGCCUUCAUAGAGGAGAUCUGCCAGGCCCCCUCCCUGAAGCAGCACGUGCUCUGCUCCGGAGACACGCGGCUGCGUGCGGCAUUCAACCGCUGUGUCGCCGCACUGGCGGACUUCAGGUCCUACCACAUCACCAUCGUCACCAAGUACAUCGCCGUGGCCAAAGCCAAGGCGGGGCGGGCGGAGGUGGGCGGCUGGGCUGGGAGGCCCCCGGCUGCGCUGGAGGCCAAAGGGACCGGGGGGUCGCACAUCUUCAGCUUCCUGAAGAGCGUCAGGGACACCACCAGGGACGGGCUGAUAAGCGCCUGACGCCCCGGCGGCUGGCGAGGCGCUGCUGAGGGCAGGCACAGGAGGCUGCAGGACUCGAGCCAAACAGUGACCAUCACUGACAUCCCCUCCCUCCCUCCCCUUCCCACAGCCCCUUCCCACUCGCACAGGUCCCAGGCUCAGAGCAAGCUGCCUCUCUCCUCCCCAGUUCCAAGCCGCUUGCUCUGCAGCAUCCCUGCCUGCCCCACGCCACCCCUGGGUGUCGCGCGUGGCAGAUGCCCCCGCCAGGACCCCACCACGGCUCGGACCCCACGGCUGGCAGGGCCGGGCACAGCCCCUAGUGGGGUCUCCUGAAUGCAGCCAGGGCUGCGGUGCUGCCGUGGCUCUGCUCUCCAGAACGCGGCUGGCAGCUGCUGGAGGCUGGCGCUAGCAGAUACACACCCAAAGCAUCUCCGCUGCUGGAGGUUCUAGUUCUGGGCCGAGUUAAUUAGGAGCGGGUCCCUUCCAGGCCCAGUCUGCGUAUUCGCCGUGAUUAUUUUUCCAUGAUUUCACGAUUCUCUGCUGGAGGUUGCCAGGGCCAACGCCUUGCCGCCGUCCGUAGCCCCGACGGGCACGCGGAGCACCCAGCGCGGCCCCACGGCGCCGGCAGGAGCCGGCUGUCAGCCAGCGGCCUCGGAGCCCCGCUGCGGAGGCUGCAAGAGCAACUUGGAGAGCGGGGGAAUUACACAGGCUAAUAAAGCUGGAAUUCCUAAAAGCUGGCUGUGCUGCACGGCUCACACUGCCCCUGCAAGGGCAGGCACCCAGGUGCUGCCCCCCUGGAAACCCCGAGCCCGCAGCCGCGAGCCCGCUCCCAUCGCGAGGUGGCAGCAGAACCCUGCUUUCCUCCCUGAUCCGCCUGGCGCAAGCUGCAACGGGCACGGCUGGUAGCACGGGAGUGCAGGUGGUGUGGGGAGGCAGAUAAAGCAGAAUUUGGGUUUGUAUUUCACGAGUGCUGCAGUGAGUGCUGGGGGGGCCGUGGGGCGCAAACGGUUCGCAGGACGGGGGCUUUCCGCUGCGUCCCAAGGCCUUUGGCAUCCACGUCUGUUAGCCUCAGCUCCUCUUGCCUCCGGAGCAAUGAAGUACGGCACUGCAACGCCACGGCAGGGCACGUCUCUUCAGAGCCCAGGGCUGCCGGGCACGUGCAGGUCCCAAAUCAUGAAGGCAGCCUCAGGUCACCAGCUCUCAUCACACCUUUCCGGAGUUGGAUGCGGCAAUCCGUGCGGGUCCUUCCCAGCUUGGGGUAUUCUGUGAGUCUUUCAGGCUGAACCUGACAAAAACAAGCUGCCCGGUCUAAAAAAAUAGGGCUCUUGAUUGCCCCACAUUUCCCUAUUACCUGACAGGUUUGCUUACUGAAAUGCCUGCUUCCAGUCUGAGUAACAGGCAGAGAUCUGAAACGGAUGCUGGGUCUGUGGCUGGGCCACAAUUACCCCCAGGCUGCCUGCUGGCAAACUGGAGUCUGCUGGAGUCACUCAGAGCCAGCUGAAAGGGGGACGUGGAGGAGAGAUGCAAGCAAACCGGGGCAGCAAGGGGCCUCAAGGAGCGGGUGGUCGCUUGGCGGUGAUGCACUGAGUGAUAAAGGCGUACUUUUAUUCUCCAUUACCAGCUUCAUUGCAGCUCCUGAUUGAGGGUUCAGGAUGCCACCAGGGUAACGCUGCAACUUCUGGGCACACACAGAGUUCACUUUCUUAAUUCUCAGUGAUUAAUAUCGUGCUGUGGCAGGGAACAUACGGUUUCCAAAAGGGUCCACCAAAGGAAAACUGCCCCAGAUGAACCCUGCGCUCUGGAGCAGCGGGUACACGCAGCACCCAGCCUGAGGCGGUGGUCAGCCCAACCCAUAGCACACGGGCACCGAGACAGAAGCACCACAGCACGUGAAGCAAGAGCAGCCAACGAACCCUCAGCUCCGCAUUUCUGAGGUGGCUGCGCAGCUUUUCAUAACACCAGAUGCCCAAGUGGCCUGAUUUUACAGAGAGCACCCCCCAAAUCCCUCGGUGUUGGCAUCCUGAGGGAAAUCAGGCCAUAUGUAUCCAUGUUUUGUCUGCCCGGGUUUGCUGGCACGGCCACCAGAGACAGGUUUCACACCCAAUCAGUGUCUCAGUGCAAAAAUAGCUCUGGCAGUGCCACUUCUCCUGCACUAUCAGAAGAAAGUCAAGGUCCUUUGAAAUGAGGUUUCAUUCCCAUAAGGGUAACAAAAAGCUCAGCACAUGGCGCCUUGAAUUAUUAAAGCUCCUUGCUAAAUUUUAUUUUGUGCCCUCUUUUGAAAGGCAGUCUUAAAACUGGGGCUUAGGCAAAGAUAUCUUCAGUAAACAGCCUAUAGGAACAUGUCAGCACCUUUAAAUCUUUGUCUGGCAGCCCUCAUUCCACUCGAUCUUCAUUUCUGAAUAGCUACUGCAUAUUUUAUGUAGGAAAUAUUUCAUACUGAUGAUUGUCUUGGUCUAUUACAUUUCAGACCAUUUCAGGCAAACAGCAAACUGGAGGGAAAAAAAAGUCACUCUGGCUAAAUGAAAAAUAUAAUAAGGGCUCCCAGGAAGCUCAUGCAGAUGGCCACUGCGGGGGAGACGCAGGGGCUGUCCCCGUGCUGCAAAGCACCUAAGCAAAGGCUGGUCGGCAGUGAUGCCAGCGCCAGCCAAGGGCAAGGGGUGCCCAGAAGGAGCUGUCCCUGUUGCAAACCCUCCUGGAGCCCUCACUCCCUGCCCCUGCACAGGCAGAGCCCCGGCAAAGCUCAACCAGGGGAGGGAGGGUGCAGAUCUGUGCCCCCCUCUGCAGGGAAAUGGAGGGGGGCAGCCAGAGGAGAGGUGGGAGGGCUCCGGGCCCCUCCUGCAGGGACCCUGGGCUCUGCCAGCACUGCCCCGGGGGAUGAGGAAGGUGCCUGAAUUGCUGUGUGCUUCCUCAGAAACUGCUUCUGAGCCCACGGCUUUCCCAGGCCGACAAACGACAUAGCGAGGGCUCAUCAGAUCUGACUACAGUUUAUGAAAUGCUGUGUGAGAGAAGCAUGCAGUGACAGCACAGGCAUUAAUCAGCUUCAUCACCUUUAAAGUCGGUGCGGGCGGAUCCUGCACGCUCUCAGCGCCCAGACAGUGAUGCACGGCCCCUUCCUGUCUCUCCUCCCGGCAGGCUGGGACAGCUUCUCUGCGAGAGCUUUGAUUUCUCUCUGUUUCCAAACCACUGCUGUCUAACAUUGAUCACAAGACGCAGACAUCUAAGGUCUCAGGUGCAUUACAACUGGAAGCACAUUGCAUUUAAAUAAUUUAGCGGGCCCUAUGCCUAAAGAUGCCACAACACAUUUGAAAAUAACACGGCACUUGGCAUUUGUUGUGCAAGAGCAAAGGAAAUCCUGAAGAGAGGUGCACGGCGCUGUGGCACUGGUCGCUGCCCAGAGCCUACAGGACACCCGAAGCACCACGGCUCUGCAACGGGCAGGGUUAGGCCCAUUUAUUCAGAUCUUUAAUAAAGUCAAACAGCAAAAGAGCAGUCCCGGCUGGAUGUGCCCAAGGGCCAGGCUGGGCAUUCCUGCAUGUUCCUGUGCUUCGCUGCUCCCUGCGGGGAGCUCAGGGCCCUCUCCGAGCUGUUGCUGCCCCAGGCCCAGCUCCCAGGUGGACUUCUCCUCGUUUAGCUGCCCAGCAGCACUGCUGGGCUGGGGCUGUGUCUGGGCUUUGUUCCGCCCCCCCUAAAUCAGGCAGCACCUGCCAGAUCAGUUGGGAAAGAUUCCUGCCAGAUAGCUGAUGCAAAACCAACAGGAAUGUCACAGCCUUCGGCUGCAACCAGAGCAGCGGCUGCAGACCCAAAUUAGCACUGCCCACACAGAAAACUGCCUUAUCAAUACAAACAGAGGUGCUGCCCCAGGCAGGCUGAUGCACACAUUUCCAUUGCGAGACUCUGCAGCACGGGACCCGCCCGGCAGGCACAGCACAGCACGGCACUCCCCGUCCCACUCUGUGAGUCCACCUUCUGCAGACACGAGCGUAGCACACUCAGGUGCUCUGCCACCCAUUUUCCAGCCCAGUGUCUCGCCCAGCUGCUGACGCACAGGCAUAAUGACUUUUCCAGGUGCUGCAGCCCUUUUCUCCACAACCCAGGCAAGGGCAGGCUGUGGAGGGAUCACUCUUGUACCCUGCCUGGACGCCCAAGAGGAGGAUGCUCUGCUCUCCGAAAGCCCCUUGUAUAGUGCAUGAACAGGGUGAAAGGAUGAAAGGUGCCUUAUUGCCCUCUCCACCUCAGGUAACACAUGGGAAACAGUCCCUGGCUGCAUCCCCCAGCCCUGCUGUCUUCCCAGGCAAGAGCAAAAGCCAACAGCAACCUCUGCUGCCGCUGGAGCAGGGACUGGGCUGCCCUGAGCCCUGGGCUCAGCUCCUGCCCUCCCCUGGCAGCUGGAAUCUCUGGUGGGCCCCGGGGGGGCGGCGUGGGGGCAGGGGUGCUCCAGGUGCUUCUCAACUCUCAGAAACUCCGUGCAAAAGCUCCCGAGCUGCCUCUCCCCGCUUGCAGCCGCUCCCCGUGGCGGCUGGGUGGCCGGCACCGCUCCCGCAGCACUCGCAGCCGCCUGGCAUACCGAGCAAGUGCUUUGCCACAACUCCUGCUACCACUCUGGUGAAUAUUUGAAAUCGAACAAGAAUAUAAACAUUUGGAUUCUAGACACUUCUCAACCCCUAACUUAUUUAUCAUACUUGGCUGUGCUCCUGGAGCCAGGGCCAGAAGGAGCUCCAAACAGUUUAGGUUAUUUAACAUGCUGUGCAUAGAUCAGUCUUGCUCUCCCCUCUAGCCACAGGUUUCCCUUUGUGGUUUGCUGCACAGUUAUUAUGUCCAUCAAUAUCCAAGUAAUUAAAAUCCCCCAUUAUCCAGGUCCUGGCUGCCUUACGAGCUCCUCAUAAGCUAUAAAACGUUUCAUGACCAACUUUCCUUAAGUGCCCGGGAGGUCUGCAGCACCAUCUCAGGAUCCCUCAGCUACUAUCAUUAUCCUAAAGGUCCCCUCUAAACGGCAGCCUACUCCUGCCCGAAGCGUGUCUGACAUCCCUCUCCGCACCUUCCCAUUCUGUUCCAGGACUGCUCAUUUUCUCCCCCAUUUUUCUCUACCCACUUAACUCAGAGCCACUCCCCGAAGCCCUCGGGGGCCGGUACCCAGACCUGCCGGUGGCUGUCCUGAGGGCACCCGCAGGCUGCAGGUCUGCGGCCGGUCACAUCCCAGAAUGCGGCCGGCUGCACAGCCGCUCUGCUGUCCAUGCACUGGGAAAGCAAUGAGCCCUAAACCUGUUGUACCCGCAGCUCCAGCUGUCCCCGUAUCACAGCCAGGGGCUGUCCCCGAGUGACUUGCCACGACGGACAUGUACCAGGGGGGACAAAUAUGUGCAAAGUACUUGUCUCUGUCGCACUCUCCUCUCCUGCACGGCUCAGCCACUGGUCUCAGAGCAAUUUAGUAAUAACAACCAAGUUUGCUUUGCAAUUCCCACUUGGGAGGAACAGGAGGGCACAGGAAAUAAUUGCCUUAACCUUCUUGGCACUGCCACUUGCCCAAGACCCGAUGUUGUAUCUGGUACAUGCUCUGGCCACUGCAUCCCUCUGAAUGCUUGACCUGGCAAAAGCUCAAGAAGUGCAGAGGGCUUUAUCUCUGCCUGGGGAAUUACUCACCUUGGCAGGAGUGACUGCAGUCCAGAUAUGAUUAAAGGACAUGACUCAAGCCAAAAAGUGCUAAUUACAGCACAGAAGGCGGAGGAGAGAGGAGCUGCUAAAUUAUGCCUAAUAUGGAAGGGGAGUGAGGAACAGAUUGAAGAGCCAUCACUGUGGAGGUGAUGAACAGGGGCUACCGGCACUGCUGUGCUGGGGAUGCCCUGGGCGCAGCGCCCCGAGGCAGCCACGGCUCUCUCUCCGGCAGCUUUUUUUCCUGCCGUUUGUCUCUCCCAUUCUGCCUGCUCUGCCACAGUCCAUUUUGUAUGCUCCUUGCCCAGGGGUCCCUGCCAACGUGUUCCUGGACCUGCCUCCUGCAGCUGACAGCAGCCUGCUCACCCGCCCAAGAGGAAUGCUCCAUCAGGGCAGGAAGGGGUUCUUUUGUGCUCCCUGGGUAAACACAACUAAAUAUUCGGCUUUCUAGAGUGUUUUACCUACCCAGCCCUAACAGGCAGACAAGCAUCCCUGCCCCAGCUGCAUUUACAUGUUCUCUCCUGCCUCGUGGUAGCUGCAGCCUGUUUGCUGAAUCCUGAUUUUCCUCCCUGUUUUUGGCUUGCUGCUGCAGUGUGCGGUCUGCUCAGGUGCAGGCUUAGCGCUGCAGUAGCGCUGGGACAAGGUGACGAGGGACUUGCGCGCUGAAGGCUGCCAUAGGGCUGUGCUCCUGCGGCUGCAGCUCUUGGCAUCUUGUUUCUCAGCUCAGUGUCAGACAAAUGCUGUUCGUGUAUUCCCAGGGAUUUGGUGCUGGGAACCAGCACCAGUUGUAAAGCGAGUCACCAGAUGGAAGGCUCCCCAGAGGGACCUUUGGGAAAGAGCUUUAUUUCAAGCCCUGGAGUCUCCAAGGUAUGGGCAGCGUUUAUAAAACAUUGCACCAUUAAAGCUGUUUGGAAAUAGUAGGAACCAUCAACCACAACAUUAGCAUGAGAAUAAAAAUAGCUUUGCAUGGGGCAAACAAUUUGGAAACUAGCCAGAGCUAAAGCAGUGUCUUGGCAAAGGUCUUUGACCUCCUUACAAAUAUCGCAGUAACGGCACACUGCUGCUGCAGCGCUGCCAGAGCCCUCUGCUAGCAAUGGGAAUGUUUUAGGAUUGUGUUUGCAGCCUUGUUGUAGGAAAUAAUACACAGCUGGAAGAGACGGGUGUGCUUUGUACCUCCCCGUCCUCCAAAGACUGAGGGAACAUGAAAAAUACACCAGGACAGAGCCCAAGAAACAUCCUGGGGCAUACAGGGACAGGGCCAUGUGUGGCCCCACGCUCGCUGUGGCCGCAGUUCCCGGGCUGGAGACACGGGUGGAGGUGCUGAGCCCUCGGCACAUGCCCGUUCCCACCAGCAGCGCGGUGCUGAGCAGGACAGGCAGCCCUCGCCGCGUGUUGGGGCAGUAGUAAAGUGCGCACGCUGUGGCUGCAGGCUCUUUGAGACUGGGGCUGUCUUCUUCUGUAUUUAUUCAGAGCUGAGCACAGCAGGUUCCUGGUUUAUGAUAAGGAGCUCGGGUAAUUUAAAUAAUAAAUACUAUGGAGAAAGUACAUUAUUAUGAAAUACGGAUUUUUCCGAUAAAUAAAUCAUGGCCAUCAUUUGCAUGUAUAAUACCAAAAGGAUGCGUUUGGGACAUCUGGUGCUAGCUGCAGUACCUGUCUGACAUGAAGAUUUGCAAUAAACUGACGUCCCUUUACUUCAGCUCUCCUGUUGCUCCAGUUCCACCAGGGUUUUCAUUUUAGGAUUAGCGGAGAUGACGCUGCUUGGGCAGAGCCCUUUUUCUACAAAUAUUUCCUCACCUAGAAAGGCCCCACUUGCUAUGAGGCAUCGCUGGGAAUGGUGCAGCAUCUCCGGAGCUGAGCAGCGCAGGCAGCGGGCGCUGGGAGCCCAGCCCCAGUGUGCACACUCAGUCCAGCAAGGGGAAAGCGGGCGGAUGCUGGGAAGGGUUUCUCCAAACACUCGGAGCGGCCCUUUCAUGCCAGGAGCCAGGGCUUAAUCACUGGCUGUGCUGGUGGCGUUGUGCCGGUGCUGCUCGGAGGAAGCGCCACGUACGCUCCAUCGCCUGCUUGUGAAGUUAGUCACUGCAGCCCGCAGUUGCUAGACCAGGGUAAACACGAGCAAACAAAGACGACUGCGUCUCCAACAGCCGCGGUGAGCUUACGAGGCAAACUGUACCACGUUUCCCACGAGCUCUGUCAAACAGAUC